AUGGGUUACAUAGACCGGAUGAUCGACAUACAACUUGCAUUUGGUUACGAUGUUGGCAAGGGUUUCGUGACCGGCGCACAGGAAGUUUGCACAUUACUGCCACAGCUCGUGGACAACAAGCAAAUACAAGAUAUGCUCACCGCCACUUUAGAUAACGACAGGUUAAUUGUAACGCGACAGUUGGGAUUGUUACAACGCGACCGUCCUUGGACCGCCAUAACAGUGAAGACUAAGCAAGCGACUACAUCUACACUCAACAUCAUGACCUUAGAUGCUAUGCAACUUAAAGAGGAAGGUUUUCUCGAUGAAAUGGAGUACCGCAUGCUAUUGCAUGCAAUCCAAGAUAAGAUUCAGCUUUGCAGACACAAAGGAAGUUUGGUAGCACCUUCUUCUCCAGAGACUCAACUCCGUGCGGUGUCAUGGCUGCAAGGAAAUGAGAGGAUAGCUGACUUCUUCCUCGAAAACUCGGAGAUACUCAACCAUAAUAUUAAUGACGUGUUAAUAUCAAGAGGUGAUGAGCCCAAAGGCCUUUACAUUCUAGUUUCGGGUCUUCUAGAAGCUUCUUACAUACCUCCUGAAGAUGAUAUAGAUGAAGCUGUACCUAAUUACGAGUUCAUGACUGAUCUGAAGUUUGGAGAACCGAGUCAGGAUUUUAUAGUGUCUGGGAACGCUGUUGGAGUUUUAGGGGUGCUAACAAGUCGUCCGUACAGCUAUACUGUGAGGUGCGACAGUGCUGUUCAGGCUUACUACAUUACCCUUGCUGUCAUCAAGGAGGCCUUCAACUUGGCAUCACAUCCUAUUAUGGGUUUCGAUGAUCUGGUUUUAAAAUCUGUUAGGCUUGAAGCUGCCAUGUGGCGUGAGAUUGGCAUAAAGUUUUCGAUGAUUUUACUGCCAUCCGUACCUGCAUACUACGCGUGGACCUCUGAGAGGCUCAGUAUGAGACUCGAGCAUUCUUUCGUACCUUGUCUGAAAGCAUUCAAGGUUUUUGUUGUCAAUGAGCUGAUGGAAGACAUAGUGCUAAUCGAUGGGGUAUGUCAGGAUAUGGCAACUAGAGAAGUGUUUCAACCGCCGGCGUAUAUACCCAGAACAGCUCACCGUUUGAUUUUUCCCAAGUCCUCUCAGCUGAUGGUGAGCUCCAACUGCCCAGAAACUAAACUCCUUAUUAUUCCAUCUAAGGACUGCGAUGAAAUGGAUAUUAUGGAGGAUGAGCUAGAUGACCUACAGUGUGAAUUGAUAUCGAAUGUAUCAUCUCGCUGCUUGUACCACCGAGUGGCUCGGCGCGUGUCGAAUGAGUCGCGGGCGCCGGGCACGCGACGUGCGCGGGUCAAACGACGCCGCGCACCGCGCCGCGUCAACUACAGGGAGUCUGUGUUUGCCAAGCAACAGAUAUCGUCCCAGAUCAUAGUAGGAGCUAGCAGCGACAAAGACAUCGCUGCUAAGUAUUACAAACCGAGUGCUGUCGAUGUUUCCGACAAAGCGAGAGCAGAUGCCGCAAGGAUUCGAGGUGAGGUUACAUCAUUAACACCGUAUCUAUAA